CAGGGUCGUAAAGUGUGACAGCGUGGGACGGGGAGGUCAUUGGAAAGUAAAGAGAAGGGGGUCUGGGCAAGCUUUGGGGCGGAAUCAACGAGUAAUACCUAAAUUGGCCGCUUUAAAGGUUGACAUUAAUUGCAGGCUUAUUAACAUAGCCUCCAAAGCUUGUAAGAGUUGUUCGACAGGAGUAAAAGGACGUUUUGUGCAAGGGUAUUAGCUUACUAGCUAACCAAACUAGCCAAAAUGCUGCGCUUAGUUGUACGUAUGAGGCAGUCGUCUGUCAAUCUCACCCGGUCCUGUAACUCUCUGGGAUUACGAUCGGAACCAGGCCCAUGUCAUCUGAAAAGAUACCACCAUAGCAGAGGGCCGUGUCGCAUCCGGCCACUGAGUAGAGCCACCGGGCUACAGAUCCAGUUUAGCAAAGGUCGCGUCUUGCAUGGCAACCAAAUUGUUAGCAGCUAUCAUCAGAGUCAACGCUUCUAUAGUCUUCCUCCCCAUCAAAAGGUGGAGUUGCCUGCCCUGUCUCCCACAAUGCAGGCAGGCACCAUUGCACGCUGGGAAAAGAAAGAGGGAGAGAAGAUCAGCGAGGGAGAACUGAUUGCUGAGGUGGAGACGGACAAGGCUACAGUGGGCUUUGAAAUAAUGGAUGAGUGUUACCUGGCCAAGAUCCUCGUCCCAGAGGGUACCAGGGAUGUGCCCAUCGGAUCGGUCAUCUGCAUCACUGUGGACAGCGCCGACCAGGUCGCUGCGUUUAAGGACUACACGCUGGAGAUGGCCAACCGCGCUGCCCCCGCUGCUGCUGCCCCUGCUGCGCCACCCACUCCUGCCCCCGCUGCCCCCCCAGCAGCUCCAGGAAGCUCCUACCCCGCCCACCUGAAGAUCCUGCUUCCGGCGCUGUCCCCCACCAUGACCAUGGGCACAGUGCAACGCUGGGAGAAGAAGGUGGGAGAGAAGCUCAGCGAGGGAGACCUGCUGGCCGAGAUUGAGACUGACAAGGCCACCAUAGGUUUUGAGGUGCAGGAGGAGGGUUACCUGGCGAAGAUAAUGAUUAAUGAGGGCACUCGAGACGUUCCACUGGGCACGCCCCUCUGCAUCAUUGUGGAGAAUGAGGCCGACAUCAAAGCCUUUGCCGACUACGUGGAGACCGGCAUCGCUGCUCCACCACCGCCGGCUCCCGCACCCACAGCGGCGACUCCUGCCCUCGUGGCUGCCCCUCCCACUCCUGCCCCCACUUCAGCUGCCCCCACCAAGAAGGGUGGCCGGGUGUUUGCCAGCCCUCUGGCCAAGAAACUGGCAGCAGAGAAGGGCAUCAACCUGGCACAGGUGGCAGGCUCUGGUCCUGAUGGAAGAGUCACCAAGAAGGACAUUGAGAGCUUUGUGCCCCCCAAGGCUGUUCCUGCUGCUGCUCCUGCUGCUCCGGCCCCUGCUGCUGCUCCUACUCCAGUGGCUCCUGCUGCUGCCCCCACAGGAACCUACACAGACAUCCCUAUCAGCAACAUCCGCAAGGUGAUUGCCCAGAGGCUGCUCCAGUCCAAGCAGACCAUCCCUCACUAUUACCUCUCUGUGGAUGUCAACAUGGAACAGGUGCUGGAACUCAGGAAGGAGCUCAACCAGGAGGUGAAGGCUGACAACAUCAAGCUGUCUGUGAAUGAUUUUAUCAUCAAGGCUUCAGCUCUGGCCUGCCUGAAGGUGCCCGAGGCCAACUCCUCUUGGAUGGACACAGUCAUCAGACAGAACCACGUGGUGGACGUGAGUGUAGCAGUUAGCACUCCCAACGGCCUUAUCACUCCCAUAGUGUUCAACGCACACAUCAAAGGGCUGGCGGGCAUCAGCAAAGAUGUCAGCACACUGGCCACCAAAGCUCGCGAUGGCAAACUCCAGCCUCAUGAGUUCCAGGGGGGCACGUUCACCAUCUCCAACCUGGGCAUGUUCGGCGUCAAGAACUUCUCGGCCAUCAUCAACCCCCCCCAGGCCUGCAUCCUGGCAGUGGGGGGGUCGGAGAAGAGGCUGCUCCCUGCCGACAACGAGAAAGGGUUUGACGUAGCCAGCAUGAUGUCCGUCACACUCAGCUGUGACCACCGGGUUGUAGACGGAGCCGUGGGUGCUCAGUGGCUCGCCGAGUUCCGCAAGUUCCUGGAGCGGCCAGUUACCAUGCUGCUGUGACCUCUCAACUCUGACCCCGAGCAACCUCUGCCCCCUGACCUUCGACCCCUCUCAUAGACUCUCUCCCCCUCUCGGGCAGAGCUGCUCGAACCGCCG